AUGACACCACUGCUCGGAACAUCUGAAAAAAACAACAAUCAGCGCUCGAUGCAGUAUUAAACAAAGAAUAUUUUUCGAAUUACUGCCUCGCACGGGCCAAAACCGUUCAAGAUGUGGAUACAGCCCAAGGAGCAGCUCCUGCCCUCGGCAUUCUGGAUUGCCGAGAUGCACUCGAGAUAUUUCGUCCUGCAGAAGCGACGUGGUCACGGGGAAUCCCGGGGCUUCGGCUCCAUGCUCGUUGGAACCUACGACAGCGUGAUGAACACCAAACCGGCUCCCUAUCGCAUCCUCCACCAGACGCCCUCGUCGGAGGUGUCUUACGAAAUCGCCAUUGGCAUCACCCAGAGUGAGAUAGUCAAGGACUGGGAAUGGCUGCAGGCCAAUCUCUUCAAGGUGCUGGACGAGAUGGAGAAUGAGGACGAGGUGACCAACUUCACCAUAUGCAAGAUCCAAUCGCUCUACACACAAAACAACCAGGAUGACACCGGCGAGUCGGCCGAAUUCAAGGUGAUGAAGUCAAAGUUCAGGCAGAUUUUCAAAAUGCCCGAAGAAGAGCGGGUAGUUAACUCCUACUCGGCCACAUAUGUGAAGAACAAGAUUCCCAGACAGGGGCAGCUCUACAUUUCGCUGAACCACGUCUGCUUUUACUCGUAUAUGCUGGGUCAGGAGAUUAAGCGCAUUAUACGCUUUGCCGAGCUGGAGGACAUCAGCCGAAAUGCGAAUACCAUCUAUCUGAAGACCACCAAUAACAUGACCUACAACUUUACAAUGCUCUUUAACGCCAGCGAGGCGCAUUCACUGAUCGAGCAGCUAAAUAAAAUGGCCAUACAGCAACUAAUCCAUGAUCCGGAUAGUCCGGUGGUCGAUCACGACACAUCGAAUUUCGCACGGCUGGGCACCAAGACAUCCAAGAAGCCCGUGCUGCUGCGCGAUUUGACCGCUCGCCAGAAAUCCGAGGAGUUUCGCAUUUACUUCCGACUGCCGCAGUCGGAAAUAAUCGACGGAAAGAUCAAGGCAAACAUCUGGACACCCUACUCGAAGCGGUUCAAUUCCGGCUUUAUCUAUCUCUCGCCGAAUUUCUUUUGCUUUCGCAGCGAUGUCAAGGAUUUGGUCAGCGUGGUUAUACCGAUGAAGACUAUUAAGAGCGUGGAGAAGAAGGAUGACGGCCAACAACGGUUCGAAAAUCAAAUUGUCAUCAUUACAUCAGAGAAUGUGCCUUUCAUGUUUGCUCAUAUCGUGGACCGAGAUGUGCUGAUCUCCAAGAUCACAGAUCUUCUUGCACGAAUUCAUGUUCCCGUGAGUCGCGAACGAGCCAAGUACGACAUUUCGUGGAGCAAGCAGACCGCUCUGAUGAACACAUUCAAGACGCAGUUCAGCGCGGAGAUCAUACAGAAGCAGGAGGAGAAGAUGGUGCGCUGGGAGGCGCAUUUCCGGGACUUUGGACGCGGCAUCGGUAUGUUCCGCACCACGGACGUGAUAAAUCUAAUUGUGGAGGGCAUUCCGGACAAGCUGCGCCAGGAGAUCUGGCUAAUCUUCUCCGGGGCAAUUCACGACAAGGAGAUGAAUCCCGGACUGUACGAGGAUCUGGUGGAGAAGGCGGCCUGCAUCAAGAAUUGCUUUGCCCAUGACGAAAUCGAUCGGGAUCUGCCCCGUUCGCUGCCCGAACAUCCUGCAUUCCAGAGCACCGACGGCAUCGGAGCUCUGCGACGAGUCCUGCAGGCCUAUGCGCUGCGCAAUCCGCAGGUGGGCUACUGCCAGGCCAUGAACAUUGUGUCGUCCGUGUUCCUGCUCUUCUGCGACGAGGAGAACGCCUUCUGGAUGCUGGCCAGCCUGUGCGAGAAUCUACUGCCCGAUUACUACAAGGAUAAGGUGGUGGGCGCCCAGAUCGAUCAGGGAGUGCUCAACGAACUGGUGGAAACGCAUAUGUCGGAUUUGCACGGUCAUUUAGAGCAGCUGGGAGUGAUCAAGAUGAUCUCCAUCUCGUGGUUCCUCACCAUCUUCAUGAGCGUCAUCAGCUACGAGAGCUCUCUGCACAUUUUGGACUGCUUCUUCUACGAGGGCGCCAAGAUCAUCUUCAUGAUCUCGCUGCAGAUCAUCGAGUGGAACAGGGACAAGCUGCUGCACUGCCAGGACGAUGGCGAAGCCAUGCUGGUGCUGCAGAACUAUCUGGAGGGUAUCUACAACCCGGAGUACCAGGUUCCUCCGACGACGGACAAACGGAAGCAGGAGCGCAAGGUCCAAACGCAAACGGUGCAGACUCUCAUCCACGAGGCGUACACCAAGUUCGGCGAGGAGAUCACCCAGCAGCGCAUUGAGGAGCUGCGCAACAAGCAUCGCCGGCUGACCAUGCGACAGUUUGACAUUGACAACGAGAAGACUAUUGUAAAGGCCUACGUCCAGAAUCCCUACUUCAGUCGCAGUGAGCUGCACAUGCUGCUUACGAUUAUCCGCGAGGAGAAGCACGCCCUGAAGUCCCUGCAGCAGCAGCAGCAGAAGGCCCAGUGUCCACUGUCUGAGAUGCCCCAGUUGGUGCCGCAGUCGCCGAACAGGGCGAUCCAGGAUGCGGGCGCCUCUGGCGGUAGAUACGAGGCGUAUAGUGUGAACUACGAGGUGUUCCACACACUUUUCACGGAGCUAACCCCUUGGCGGAAGUGCGUCAGCGUUGAUAUUGGCGAAAAGUUAUUCAGGCUCACAGAUAAAAAAGGCACUGGUUUUCUGGACUUUGGCCAGCUCAUCAACGCCUUGGGCCUGGUGUGCUCCACCAAGAACAUGGAGAAGCUGAAACUGCUGUUCGUACUGCACCUGCCGCCGCUUUUGUCCAAGGCGGAGAUCGAGAGAUCUCGUCGCCCGCGUCCACGGACCAAAGACGAUGCCGAGGAGGCCUUCGAGGCGGAGGAUUUCUUCGACAACGAUGCCUCUGAGUCGAUGGAGGCGUUGCCCUCGCCCUCGGAUCACAACUUUGAUGCCGACGACUUUGCCCUGAUCAGUGCCACCCAGCACCUGCACAACCUGGCCGGAAUCUCGGGCAACACGUUCAUGGACCUGUCGCGCACGCCCAAUCUAUCGCUGAACUCCAACACCUCGUCGUUGGCGCAGCGCAGCUCAACCUUUUACGUGGACCUGCCGGCAGCAUCGGCACUCCAGGGUACAGCAACAUGCACAGAUGCUGGGCGGGACGAAGACGGUCUCCAGGGAGAGCUUCGCCAGCAGGGCCGUUACGAAUCGAUUGACACAUUUUCGGAUAUUUCAGAUCUGGGAGCGGUAGCGGUAGCAGAAGUGGGAGUGGGAGCAUCCUUGGCCGAUCGAAACGCCGAUCAAAUGCUUCUCAAUGUCGAGACUAUAUCGAAUUUCUCACAGAUCAGCGACCUGGUUGCGGCCACGCGGCUCGAACGCGCCGACUCGAAUGCCACGGACUCGCGGAGUCUCGGUAGCCUUGGCUAUCUGCUCGAUCAGCCCGAUGAGGGCGCCUCCAGUUCGCAGCACAGCAUUCCGCACAUGCGCAAGGAGAAUUUCCAGCUGCUGUGGCGCAGCAUUGUCGAGAUCAUGGGUCUCGUUCAGGAUGAAGAGAUGCAAAGGGCUUAUGAGAAUCUCCUGGAGCUGGGCAACAGCAACAUAAAGAAGGAGCCCAGCCUGGAGAGUUUUACCCAGCUGAAUAUGGGAAGUGAUGAGCAACCGGAUAGCAAUGGCAAUCCCACCACACCGGCAGCCGAACCCGUGGGCACCACCCGCCUGUUUGUGGCCCUCGAGGAGGAGCUGCGUCAGGCGAGCGGCAAGACCAGAACGACAACGACCAGCAGCGGCGACAGCAGCAGCAGUAGCACAAACAUUUCCGAGUCCUGGCACAUAUCCAUCAGCCAGUUCAUCGCCACGGUUCUGACCGUCAACAGCAUUGUCCGAGGUUUCCAGACGCCCAUCCAAAUAAGCGAACAGAUCGAGCAGCUGCAGAAGAAGCGGCGCAAGUGUUUGUCCACCAAUUACUGAAUACCCUAAGUCCUAAGUCCCC